GCCGGCCCCGCACACCCCAUCAUGGCGCUGCGGCGGCCGGAGCUGCUCCGGCUCCUGCUCCUGCCCCUGCUCGGCUGCAGACUCCUGGCUGUGGAGCUGACAUCCAGCAACACCAGGCCCGUGGUGAAGGAAUUCCAAAGUGUUGAGCUGUCCUGCAUCAUUAAAUCCACGGUGACACCAGAUCCCAGGAUUGAGUGGAAGAAAAUCCGCGAUGGAGAAACCUCUUACGUGUUUUUUGGCAACAAAAUGCAGGGAGACUUUGCGACUCGGGCUGAGAUCCUGAGCAGGACGUCCCUGGUGAUUAAGAACACCACGAGGAUGGACACGGCCACGUACCGCUGCGAGGUGGCCGCGCCCUCCGACACCAAAACCAUCGACGAGAUCAACAUCCAGCUCACAGUCCAAGUGAAACCCAUGACUCCCAGAUGCUCUGUGCCUAAAGCUGUCCCUGUUGGCAAGUCAGCCUCUCUUCACUGCCACGAGAACGAGGGUUUCCCCAAGUCCACCUACAGCUGGUACCGCAACAGCGAACCUCUGCCAGCCGACAGCAAAUCCAGCACCAAGCCCCACAACUCCUCCUACACCCUGAACCCCGCCACAGGCACUCUGGUUUUCCAUGCAGUGCACAAAGGUGACACAGGUCAUUAUUACUGCAUAGCAACAAACGAGGCUGGCUUUGCCAAGUGUGAGGAGCAGGAGAUGGAAGUCUAUGACCUCAAUAUUGGUGGGAUAAUCGGGGGAGUCCUGGUGGUCCUUGCAGUCCUGGUGCUCAUCACUCUUGGGAUCUGCUGUGCCUACAGAAGGGGAUACUUUGCAAAUGGCAAAGAGAGCGGGGAAAGCUACAAGACUCCAGCAAAACCUGAUGGCGUUAACUAUAUCCGGACAGAUGAUGAGGGUGACUUCAGACACAAGUCUUCAUUUGUCAUCUAAGACGCCAAAAGGAAAUUGCAAACCAGCAAAAGCAAGUGUGAAAAUACCUCCUCCAGGAACUCAAAGCAGGAGCAAAAGAUGAAUUAAGUGCGCUUGGAAGAGUUUGGAACACACAAGAACUCGAUAGCUAGCUAUCUGUAUAUCUUUUUUUUCUUUGCCAAAGUUUAAAGUAACUCCUCACUGCCCAACUCGCGUCUCCCCUGCCUCCGGAGAUACCAACAGGAUCACCCAGACCUGUCCUCGGACCGAGGAGAGGUUUCAGUCCUUCCCAAGAGACUGGGCUGGGGAAGUUUGUGGAAUUGCCUUCUCUUUGUGCUGCAGGGGCACAGCAGUAGGUAAACCUGCAGCAGACAUGACCAGUAACGUGUUACUAGCAGACAAAACAAGGUGCUGAUACAGCAGUGGGUGGACUCCAAAGAGUGAGAUUUGGGGGGGUUUCCUCCCAACAGCUCAUUGCCCAGGCCUGGCUGGUGAUUUUUCUGUGCUUGGCUCUGCUCAGGCGCACAGGUGACAGCGACACCACCACUAAUGCCCUCAGCCCUGCUGUACCCGUGCCCAAACGCUGUGAUUUAACAGGAGCCCAGGGCAGGGCUCUGCCUCUGCUCCUGCACGCAGGUAACCCCUCGCUCUAAUCUGCACAAAGCAGCUCAGCUCUGCAUCUUUCCAUGGGAAAGAGGCUUAGAGGGGAGGCAGACAACCAGUGCUAAGACAUCCCUUUCAGGAAAAUUAAAGCCAAAUAAUUUCCUGGGCUAAGAUUGCCAUAAAAGGUACUGAGAGAUCCUCCAGCUUUUUUUACCUUCUCCGUUUAUUUUGUAAAACCCCACCUUCUAAAUUUUUUGCAAAGAUCUAUUUUGAUUACUUCAGAAAAGGUAACAUUUCUAUUUAAAAGUGUAAAUACGUGAUGCCAGCAGUGUUUGAGUAAUGGAGCUAUUUUUUUACUGUUGAAGCUACAGGAGAGGAGCUCAAACGUUGUUAUAGUGUGGCACUGUCACAGCAUAUCAGUAUUAGUGCAAAGUGUAACAAAAAGCUGCAGGUGGAACAGCAUCUCUUUCCUCUUCAGCCAGCUUCAGCCAUUUCCUUGUCACAAGAGGUCUUACCAGACACAGAACAGAGUCACUCAGGGAUAGUUUUUGUAAAUUUAUGGCAGGAGCUAUCAACUUUUUUAUAUAUAUAAAAAAAAACAAAACAACUUCUCUUGCCAGUGACCAACACUUUGUUUUUGUCACUGCAAGAAAUAGCCAGGGAUGGCUUUUGGACUCGGUUCCAAAGAGGUGACAGAGUGACUUCAGUGUUUGCUGCCCCUCUGCAAGCUCCCUAAAGCACUAACACAGUGUGACAGCUACAGCAGCUUGGCAGGUUUAAACCACAUGGCCAAGGCCACUGUUUCUGGGUUGGGAAAGCAAAAGCUCAACACAAAAGCACUUUUAUAGUGUCAGCUGAAAUUUUUUCUCUAGAUGGUAAAGAAAAAAAAAAAAAAGGAAAAAGCAAAACCAACCAAAUUUGGUUCUCUUGGCUUUAGAGAGAAUGAUGGGGAACACAUGUUUCACAAAAUAUCCAUGUUGAUAGUGUUGAACAGCAUUGGGUGAGACCAGGCUGCAAGAUGUGGAUGCAACACUAGGACUGUGCUGUGGUUUAGGAAGUUUUUUAAUGUAGCAGAAUUUAGUGUUCUUGUAUUUCCAAUAUGACUUGAGUUGUCUUAACUUUUCCUGUAUACAGUAUUUUGGAUACCUGACAAUUUGGACUGUCAGUGUUAUUUUUUCGUGUUCUGCUUUACUCUGCUUUGUUUCCUAGAGCCCUCGCUGGACAUGCCAUUGCUGCAUUUGUUGCACCCAAACAAAGCAUUGCCACUUGUCCCUCUGCCAGGGGGAGCCAAGGCAGGGAUGGGGCAGCCCCAUCCAGGUGUUCUCUGUGUAACUCACACAUCCCCACUGCUAUUCUGCAGCUUCUCCCUGGUCUCCUCCUGACUGCCAGCUCUUCAUCCGAGCCACCCAGUGCUGAUUGCUGCCUCCAGUUGUUCUGACAUUCCUCUGCACCCUCUGGGCAUCCACUGCUCCUCCUCUGUGCUGCUUUUGGGGUACCUGCAAGAAAGGAGAGAGAGGAAAGGGUUGGACCAGGGGAGCUCAAUCUGCGGUCCCACCAAAGGCAGCCUUCGUGUGACAAACCAGCAGAGCUAGGAAUCCAAACUUCUUUCAUUUUUUUUUUCCAAUUCUAAAAUGCACAGUGGCAUCUCUAACGAGAGAAGGGGGAGAUGAUCUCCCCCCAACCCAGCUCGUGAGAGCUGAUGGAUGGAAUUCACUGUAUUGUUGUGAAUAAUAUUCAGGUUUGUACUAAUGUAUUACGUUUAACUUUGCCAAGAAUGUUUUACAUAAAUACCAAGCUAUAAA